GCCAUGGGAUAGCGGAGAGCGGCCUUGGCAACACAGAAUUGCAUUAGGUGAGACUGCGGGUUAGCUGGCACCAGGGGAGGAAGGAGCCAAGUGGAUGAAGCUGUCACUGUUGGGGACAUGGCUGUAAGGCAGAUUAAAGAUGGAGAAUAUACCGCGACUAUCUACAGACUGAUAAAGGAAGCCAGAUAUGGAGAAGCUAUCCAGGUUCUUAGCAAUGAACUUCAGAAGCAAUAUAGGUCUAGAGCUGGCCUUUCCCUCCUGGGCUACUGCUAUUAUCAGAUCCAAGAUUUUGUGAAUGCUGCAGACUGCUAUGAACAGCUGAUUCAGAUCUCUCCUGAAGUGGAAGAAUAUAAAUUGUACUAUGCACAGUCCCUGUAUAAGGCUUGCAUGUAUCCAGAAGCAAUGAAGGCAACGUUUGCUUUAGACAACGCUGCCUAUCAAAGCAAGAUGUUGAAAUUACAAGCUUCUGUCAAAUAUGGAGAAGAAGACAUUUCAGGAGCUAAGAGUUUAGUAGAGCAGAUGCCAUCAGAAGACCCUGAAAGUGAGAUUAAUAUGGGGUGUUUACUGUAUAAGGAAGGACAUUAUGAAGAAGCCUGCAAAAAGUUCAUUACUGCAAUGCAAGUCAUGGGCUAUAAACAAGAUUUAUCUUUCAACAUUGCAUUGUGUUACUAUAGCAUGAAACAGUAUGCUCCUGCCUUAAAGCACAUAGCUGAUAUAAUUGAACGAGGAAUCCGAGAGCAUCCUGAGCUUGGUGUUGGCAUGACAACAGAAGGCAUUGAAGUUCGAAGUGUGGGGAACACUCUUGUACUUCAUGAAACUGCACUCAUAGAAGCAUUUAACCUUAAAGCUGCUAUUGAAUACCAGUUAAAGAAUUAUGAAGCAGCUCAAGAAGCCCUCACAGACAUGCCCCCAAGAUCUGAAGAGGAACUUGAUCCAGUUACUCUUCAUAAUCAAGCCUUGAUGAAUAUGGAUACUAAACCCACUGAAGGGUUUGAGAAACUGCAGUUCUUACUACAGCAGAAUCCUUUCCCCCCAGAAACCUUUGGCAAUCUCUUACUUUUAUACAGCAAAUAUGAGUAUUUUGAUCUUGCAGCAGAUGUUCUGGCUGAAAAUGCUCAUCUCACCUAUAAAUUUCUCACACCAUAUUUGUACGAUUUUCUGGAUGCCAUGAUAACCUGCCAGACUGCACCUGAAGAGGCUUUUCUCAAGCUUGAUGAACUAGCUGGAAUGCUUACGGAACAAAUGAGAAAGUUAACAAAACAGGUUCAAGAGGCACGGCAUAACAGGGACGAUGAGGCUGUUAAGAAAGCUGUAAAUGAAUAUGAUGAAACCUUGGAAAAGUACAUUCCAGUAUUGAUGGCACAGGCUAAAAUUUAUUGGAACAUGGAGAACUACCAGAUGGUGGAAAAAAUUUUCCGUAAAUCAGUGGAGUUUUGCAAUGAGCAUGAUAUCUGGAAGCUGAAUGUGGCUCAUGUUCUCUUCAUGCAAGAUAACAAAUACAAGGAGGCUAUUGGCUUUUAUGAGCCCAUUGUCAAAAAACACUAUGAUAAUAUAUUAAAUGUCAGUGCAGCUGUUCUGGCUAAUCUGUGUGUUUCCUACAUCAUGACGAGUCAAAAUGAAGAGGCUGAAGAACUCAUGCGCAAGAUUGAAAAGGAGGAGGAACAGAUUGCUUAUGAAAACCCUGAUAAAAAGAUCUACCAUCUUUGUAUUGUCAAUCUAGUCAUUGGAACACUUUACUGUGCAAAGGGGAAUUAUGAGUUUGGCAUUUCUCGAGUUAUCAAAAGUUUGGAGCCAUACAACAAAAAGCUGGGAACAGACACAUGGUAUCACGCAAAGAGAUGCUUCCUUUCGUUGCUGGAAAAUAUGUCAAAGCACAUGAUCAUGCUGCGUGAUGACGUUAUAGUGGAAUGCAUACAGUUCUUGGAGCAUUGUGAAAUUUAUGGCAGAAACAUUCUUGCUGUAAUUGAGCAACCACUAGAAGAAGAGAGAAUGCACAUCGGAAAGAAUACAGUCACCUAUGAAUCCAGGCAGCUUAAAGCUUUACUCUAUGAGAUAACCUCAUGGAAUUUGUAAUAGUGUCUCCCAUAUUUCCUUUCUGAUGAUAAAACUUUUCCCUAACCAUUGUGUUUCUUUUUGUCUUCAAAUGAAAUUUUAUUAAUAUUGUAUUCAUUUUCUAGUGUUCUAAUAAAGUUUUUUUAUUGAAAA